UGUGGGGGCUGCGGAAAGUCGGGGCUGCAAGCCCGGGGAUCGCCAGCGGAGCCGGGUGUCCCAUCUCCGGAGCCCACGGAGGAAAUCCCCGGCAGACUCUCUGCAGGCUUGGCUGGCUGGGCCCGCUGUCAGCCACCCGGAUCGCCGACCACCAAUGUUCCCGGAUGCAGUGCAGCCCUCGCCUGCCCCUUCAGCAUUAACCCCCUGAGGACCUCGUAUCCCGGUUGUGCCUGCGGCUGCAUCACCGGAGGACCCAGGCGGCCACGUGCUGCGCUGCCACUGCCCGGGAUGUGCGAGGAUGGCUUCGCGAGGUGCACGCUAAGGGAGUGCACCCCGCCCGUGGAGAGCGCCACGCGGGACGUGGUCGUUGAGUGCCUUGCAAAAGAAACACUUAAAGUACCAAGAGAGCCUGGUUCUAUCAAGCCCUGAAGCCCUAAGGAAUGCUGGUAUAAAAUAUUAGUAGCACAAUGAGGUGUUGCCACAUCUGCAAACUCCCGGGGAGAGUUAUGGGGAUUCGAGUGCUUCGUUUCUCCCUGGUGGUCAUCCUGGUGUUACUGCUCGUAGCCGGAGCCUUGACCAACUUACUACCCAACAUCAAAGAAGACAAAAUGCUCACUCUGCGCAGGGAGAUCAAAUCCCAGAGCAGGCCCUCCCUGGACUCCUUCACUCUCAUCAUGCAGACAUACAACAGAACAGACCUCCUACUAAGACUCCUGAAUCAUUACCAGGCAGUACCGAACCUGCACAAAGUGAUUGUGGUAUGGAACAACGUGGGAGAGAAGGGACCAGAGGAGUUAUGGAAUUCUCUAGGGCCUCAUCCAGUCCCUGUCAUCUUCAAACCACAAACCGCAAACAAAAUGAGAAACCGACUCCAGGUCUUCCCUGAACUAGAAACCAAUGCGGUGUUAAUGGUCGAUGAUGACACACUUAUUAGUGCUCAGGACCUUGUUUUUGCUUUCUCAAUUUGGCAGCAAUUUCCUGAUCAGAUUGUAGGAUUUGUACCUAGAAAACACGUCUCUACAUCAUCAGGUAUCUACAGUUAUGGAGGUUUUGAGCUGCAGACACCUGGGUUCGGAAAUGGUGACCAGUACUCUAUGGUGCUCAUUGGAGCCUCCUUCUUCAACAGCAAAUACCUUGAACUCUUUCAGAAACAGCCAACAGCCGUCCAUGCGUUGAUCGAUGAGACUCAAAACUGUGAUGAUAUUGUUAUGAAUUUCAUCAUCACCAAGCAUACUGGGAAGCCUUCAGGGAUAUUUGUGAAACCUAUAAACAUGGUCAGUUUGGAGAAAGAAACCAAUGGCUAUUCUGGAAUGUGGCAUCGGGCAGAGCACUUUCUGCAGAGAUCUUACUGUAUAAAUAAGCUUGUUAAUAUCUACAAUGGCAUGCCCUUAAAAUACUCCAACAUUAUGAUUUCCCAGUUUGGCUUUCCAUAUGCCAACCAUAAAAGUAAAAUCUGAACAGGAAACAAACAAAAACAAACCCAAAACAUUGCGAGAUUUUUGAGUGGCUUACAUUUUUGUUUUGUGAACAACACCAUGAAGUUUUAUCUAGUCCACAAGUCUCUAUAAUAGAAAAAAGCAUAUGCAGUACUUCUAGUAUAUAAAACCCAUAAACUUCAAAAGCCAAGAAGCCAGUCUAGCCGGUAACCCAGCUAGGCUUUCUUGUGAAAAGCUUUGUCCAAGGUUGUAACUUCUUGGUUGUGAUAUUAUUGUUUACAUCUCGAGACUGCUCUCCAAUUUGUUUGAGCCCUGGCAUUUGCCUUAAGGACCUACAGCAAGCUGCUUCUAGGACCAGAGACUCAAAAAGAGACAAUUUUCAGCUUUUCAGUGAAGGUUGAUUGUUUUUAUUUGAAGCCUGAAAUGCUUCUUUAGCUAAUUAAUGCCUGCCGUAUAGGGAAAAGCCAUUUGAGGAGAGCUUAGUCUGAACCCCAUGUCGAAAGCCAGGAAAAUUCCUGGUUGCCAGUGUCCUUUGUGGCCCUUCUAACCAGUAUCAACUGUGCCCAGCAUGGUUUUGACAAAGCUGUCAGUGCUGGUAUUUUGCUUUUAAGUGACUGGGAGGGUAUGUUUUCAUGGCUGACCAUUGUUUGCUUGUUAUCAUUGUUGGUUUUUCUUUCUUUUCUGUGAGCCUACACUGCAUGGAUCACUAAAAUGUGCAGCCCAUGUUUCUUAUAUGCAACCUAUAUACAGCAAGGAGUAAAUGUGUUCCUGCAAUCUGUCACUGUGUGUGACCUUGAGAAUGUGCAUUAGUUCUUAUGUUUUACAGAAUGUAUUUAAUAAAUAUGUCUAAAGUAACCUCUGAAAGAAUGGUUAAGUAGAAGCUAGCAGAAAUUAAAAACCUUAGUAUCAAAGAUCUUUAUUAUUAAAGCAUAGGUUAUCUUGUGGGUAUUUAAUAAUUGUAUUACACAGUAAUGUUUGCAUCCAGAACCCAGAAUUUUGUUGGGAUUUUUUUUUUUUUUUUGAGCCCCAAGACACUAUUCAUUAUGACGAAAUUUUAAUUACAAGUUGUAGAGGGAAAAAAAGAACUGAGCCAUCAUGGAGAAGGCUGGGGGGUACCCAGGUGUCCACUGUUGCUAUUGCCCACUCCAUCCUUUUAGUUUAUCCUUUCCCGGAACUACUGACAGGGAUCACUAUCAGGCCUCUGUGUAUCACUUCUUCUUUUUAUAUAAGGCUUAAACAUUCUCAAAGGUGUGAAAAUAGAAUAAUGACAGCUGAAGUUCUACUACAAGAUCUUCCUGCCGUCAGUUCAGUGUCUGUUUGUCUAACAGUAGUUGUCUAUGUGUGUCUUAAUGCAAUCAUACAUACAUAUUUUUAAAUUUUUUUAUUUGACCUCAUUAAAAGUCAUGUCAGUUAUCCAAUUUCUCCGACUUUAGCUGUACAGUUUUGCCUGUUGGUAGUCCACCAUCAAAUAAAUAAACGUCAACUGUUCCCA